GUAUAUAAAUAAGAAGCUUAGGCUUCUUUAGAUUAUAUACAUAUAGAAGUUAAAAAAAAGUAACAUAUAGCUGAGAGAGAAGUGAAAACAGAAAGAUGAUGAUGAUGAUGGAGUGGAAAUGGUACUUAUGGUUUAUUAGGAUGGCAGUAAUGUUGUUGGUGUUAGAAAGAUGCAGUUGGUGUACUACUGAUGCUUGUUUGGAGCAUGAGAGAAUCGCUCUCUUGCAUCUCAAGCCUUUCUUCAAUUAUGGUAAUCAAUUGCAAAGUUGGGUUGAGGUGAAGGGUUCAGAUUGUUGUAAAUGGGAAAGAGUUGAGUGUAACACCACCACUAGGAGACUCAUACAACUCUCCCUUAAUUCUACAAUAUGGUUAUACAAUAUGGAAUACGACAUGGAUAAUAGGAAUCUCAAUGCCUGGUAUCUCAAUGCCUCUAUGUUUCUUCCCUUUGAGGAAUUGAAGAGACUUUAUUUGUCGGGAAAUGCCAUGGGUGGUAACCUUGAAAAUGAAGGCUUUGGAAAACUAUCAUCCACAUUGAGUAAUUUGGAGAUCCUUGACUUAAGUGAAAACUACUUGAAUGACAGCAUUUUGUUAUCUUUAAGUGAGCUUUCAUCUCUCCGGUAUUUAAAUUUAUCAAGCAACAAAUUUGAAGGAUCAGGUCAUCUAAGAGGUUUUCAAUUGCUUUCAAGACUCAAUAACUUGGAAACUCUUGAUUUAAGUUGGAAUUCUUUGAAGAAUAGCAUUUUGUUCCAUAUGAGAAAUCUUUCAUCCUUGAAGACUUUAAGAUUGAGACGUAAUCAGUUGAAAGGAAGGCUGGAUCAUAUUCAAGGGUUGAAUAAUUUGACAAACUUGAAAUACUUGGAUUUAAGUGACAACAACAUUGAAAGCAUCUCAAACCAAGAUGGAACACAAUGGAGGCUAACAAACUUAGAGGAACUUGAUUUAAGUAAUAAUCUCUUUCGGAACAACACAAUUUCCUUUCCUCAGGGGCUUUCAAGCCUAAAGUCUUUGACUUUGUACAACAACCGUCUGCAAGGCUCAUUAGAUACUAAAGGAUUGAGCAAUUUAACAAAUUUGAAGAAACUCGAUUUACGUUGGAAUCAAAUUGAAAGCUUUCAAUCCUUUAAAGAUGGUGGUAGAAAAUUGGAGUUGACCCACUUGGAAGUGCUUUAUUUAGAUUACAAUCUCUUCAAUACUAGUGUAUUUGCAUCCCUUAACAAGCUUUCAAAUUUGAAAUCUUUGAGCAUAAAUUACAAUCAAUUGAAAGGAUCAAUAGAUACGAAAGAUUUGGAAGCAUUCAUCAACUUAAGGGAACUAUAUAUGGGAUAUAAUGAAUUGAAAGAUUUGGUGAUCCACCAAGAAUUAAAUGUGUCGAGUAAUGUGGAGGAAUUAUAUUUUGGCGGAUCUACUCUCAACACCAACAUUUUGCAAAGCAUUGGAGUAUUCGCUUCUCUUAAAACAUUGUCUUUACAUGAUUGUGGACUUAUCGGUCCCUUACCUAAUCAUGGAUGGUGUGAUCUAAGGAACCUUGAAGUGUUGGAUGUGAGUGGGAAUGCACUUGAGGGGAUGCUUCCUCAUUGUUUCAGUAACUUGACAUCUCUUCGUGAGUUAGAUAUUUCAGCAAACCGUUUUCAAAUUCCACUAUCAUUCGCACCAUUUGCAAACCUUUCAAACCUCAAAGUCCUUUCCGGUGAUGAAAACAAGAUGGUAAUGGAACCUUCCUUUUAUACCUCAGUCCCAAAGUUUCAAUUGACCAGCAUCAGUUUGUCAAAGUGCAUUACAUCUCAACAACUCAAUCUUGAACUUCCUACCUUCCUUUACUACCAAUAUGACUUGAGAUAUGUGGAUCUUUCUCAUAACAAUUUCAGCGGAACAGUCCCAACUUGGUUGUUAGAAAACAACACAAAGUUAGAAGUUCUCAUCUUGAUGGGUAAUUCCUUUACUGGUCCUCUCUCAUUUUCGUCAGCUCUUAUUUCUAAUGUAUCUUCAAUUGACAUAUCUGAAAACAAAUUACAAGGUCAAAUUCCGACUACUAUAUGUUCAACUUUUCCACAUUUGUGGCGGUUAUUCUUAUCCAAGAAUGCUUUUGAAGGUAAUAUCCCACUUUGUUUAAGUGUCAUGAAGGACUUAUCAUUUUUAGAUCUAUCAAACAAUCAAUUGUAUGGAAAAGUACCAGAAGAGUUGAUCGCGAAAGGCUCACUGACCAUUUUGAGACUAUCAAAUAACAAGCUCAGUGGAAAUGUAGUUCCUGUGGUUCUCAACUCAAAUGGGGUGCAGAAUUUAUAUUUGGAUGGAAACAAUUUUUCAGGAGAGAUGACAAAUGUUGAUUUGUCUACUUUUGAGUUUCCAAAUUCAAUAAGGGAAAUUGAUCUUAGUAACAACAAGUUGCAUGGAAAGCUCCCAAGAUGGAUAGGGAAUGCAUCGUUUUUGGAGAGAUUAGCUUUGUCCAACAGCGGUUUCGAGGGUUCUAUUCCAAUGGAAUUUUGCAAGUUGAAUAGGUUGGAAUUUUUGGAUCUUUCCCAAAAUCAUUUAUCUGGAUCUAUACCGUCAUGUUUUAAUCCACCAAACAUAGAGCAUGUCCACCUCCACGGGAAUAGACUGAGAGGUCCACUAUCACUUGCUUUUUAUAAUAGCUCCUCUCUAGUGACUUUAGAUCUUAGAGGAAACAAUUUGACAGGUAAUAUUCCAAAAUGGAUUGACACAUUUUCUUCUUUGAGUGUUCUUCUCUUGAAAGAUAAUCAUUUUCACGGUAAAGUUCCAAUUCAGUUAUGCAAGUUGCAUUCUUUAAGCAUCAUAGAUCUUUCUCAAAAUAUGUUUUUUGGUCCUAUACCUUCUUGUUUGGGAAAUUUAUCUCUUCCACUGAAAGAGAGAGAGAGUCUAGAAACUGGGUUCUAUUUGCCAUCUAUAGAAGAGGAUGAAACAACACUAAAUUUGGGAAUGGAUUCUUACUAUCCUGAUAGCUACUUAGAAGAAGUAAUAGAGUUCACAACAAAGAGUGGGCUCUUUUUGUACGAGGGCAACAUCCUUUCAUAUAUGACCGGGAUUGAUUUAUCUUGCAACAACUUAACUGGUCAUAUCCCACCAGAAUUAGGGAACUUGAGUGAAAUCUAUUCUUUAAACCUUUCACACAAUAAGUUGACCGGAGUUAUACCCUCGUCAUUCUCAAAACUUCAUCAAAUUGAGAGUUUGGACCUUUCUUACAACAACUUGAGUGGCGAAAUCCCCAAUCAGUUGGUAGAGUUGAACUCUUUGGAGGUUUUCAGCGUGGCAUACAACAACUUGUCAGGUAGUAUUCCCGAACCAAAAGCUCAAUUUGGGACCUUUAUUGAAAACAGUUAUGAAGGAAACCCUUUUCUUUGUGGACCUAUACUGCAUAAAAGUUGUUCCAAAACUGAUUCACCAUCAACGAUAUCAACUGUAUCAGAAGAUAAAGGAGAAGAUGGUUUGAUAGAUACUUAUGAUUUUUGUGUGAGCUUUUUGGUUUCUUAUGUAGUUGUGUUGUUGACAAUUUUUGUUGUCCUUUACAUAAAUCCAUACUGGCAAAGAGCUUGGUUUUCUCUCGUUGGGAAAUGCAUCACCACCUGUCGCUACUCAAAUGUGGGCAAUUUUCUUACUUAUCACAUUUUCAAGCGACGCGUUUAUCUACUCAAAUUGUGA